UUCAAUUAUUAAUUUUAACAAAAAGUGUUUUUUCCCUCUAAAUUUUACUCUCAUUCGUGCAGUUUGUUUACACAAAUCAAGAUCUAUUUUAAUUAUUAUAAAUAUUUUUUUUCCUUUUUAAUUCUUUUGUUCAUAUUUUUUUCGAAAGAAAUUCAAUGUCAAGUUCAUACAAAACAAUUUUGUAGAUAAAAGCUGAAGAAGAGGAAAAAAUACAAAAAUUGUGUUUAAGAAAUUUGGUUAAUUUAUUUGUUUAUGAUUUCCAAAAUAUUUUGUUGACAUAAAAAUGGUGUAUGAGUCAUCGUAUGAAAGUGGACGCAGUCCCUUUUUACCCGAUACCAAACGUGGUUAUUGGGCCAAUCCCAGUGAUUUUAUUUACGCCGGUCUGGGUUUAGCAUUUCGUUUGGAUGUUUUUUCAAUGUCAUGGUUCUUUAUGAUGGAAUCCAGUGUUAUUGCCUUUGUGCCCAUAUAUUUAAUAAGUUUAUUUCUCUAUAUAAUACCGUUUAUUGUGAUACAAUCAUUUUUGGGUCAGUUUUCCAGCAGUGGUUAUAUCUCAGCGUUUCGUUUAACGCCCCUCUUUAAAGGAAUUGGUUAUGUAACGUUAGCAGUAAAUAUAUGUGUACUUUCUUAUUAUAGUAUUUUUGCCAUGGUUCCCUUGGUAUAUAUGUUUGCGUCCAUGCAGCCAACAUUACCCUGGGAAUGUGAUGGUUUUACGAAAUGGGCCACAAAUUUAACUAAAGAAGAGGAGAUAAAUCUUUGUAAUUUGUAUAUUCGUAAUGAAACAGAAAUGAAUUCCACCGAUUAUAGGUUUUACAAUCAUCACAUACCCUCAGUGUUGUAUUUUAAAACCCUUUUCAAUGAUAUCAAUCUCUUCAGUUUCGAUGAUGUUGAGUUCUCUAUGUCUUGGCAAUUGAUUUUAUGUGCCAUUAUAGUUUGGUCCAUUGUGAUAUUAUUUGUUUAUAAAUUUUUCAAUACCGAAAUGUUCGGUGUAAUUGUCCGCUAUACCGUUUGGACUUUAGUUGGUCUUUUGACUGUGUGCUUAAUACGCUUCAGCUUUUUACCCGGUUCUGGUCAUGUCUAUCGCCGUGUUGUUAUACCUACUUGGAGAGAUAUUGUAAAUGGACUUGCCUCUAUUCCACUUUAUGGUUUAUCGGCUUUUGGACCUGGUUGGGGUCUUUUUAUAUCGUUAUCUAGCUUUAAUAAAUUCAAAACGAACAUAAUGAAAAACAGUUGGUUAAUUGGUCUUGGUCAGUUAGGUAUUAUAAUUGGUCUGGAUUUGCUGGCCAAUUUUACGGAACAAUAUUUUGGUGAAGCGACCGAAUACAAUUACUAUUCGGAAGUGGAACAUGUCUGGGUUUUAUAUCUAUCGACCGGCAGUGCUAUGUCCCAUAUGGCUUGGGCUAAUUUGUGGUCAAUUAUAUUUUAUUUCAUGUUGUUUUUGGCUGCCAUGCUUUUGAUUAUCAUUCAAUUGUAUACAAUAUUGACCACAAUAUUCGAUGAGUUUGUUUCCUUAAGAGAGCGAAAAUUAGAAGUUUGUAUUGGUCUUGUGGCAGCCACAGCAGCCGUUUCCUUGUACUUUACCUCAAAUCAUGGAGUUACUUACUUCACCGCCCUUACGGCCGAUACUUACAUCACACAAACCGCUAUUAAUUUACUUUUACUCCUGAUUGUAUUGUGGAUUUAUGGACGUGUACGUUUCCAACGUGAUAUAGAAUUUAUGAUAAAUGAGCGUUUUUCAACAUGGAAAAUUAAUAUUCUUAGAUUUGUGGCACCUUUGGGAAUGCUGCUGGCCCUGGCCUUGUUCAUACAACUUGCUUUUUGGGAGCAUUAUUUUUCAAAUUUAAUCAUCGAUUUAUAUGCCGCACUAUUGAUCGGUGUACCGUGGUUAGUUGUACCGGGUUAUGCCAUUUUUUGUAUGAUCAAAACAAUGGGCACAAUUAAAACUCGCUUCUUAAGAUGUUGUCGUCCCACCGAUUGGUAUCCUGUUGAAGCCGACGAUCGCCAACAGUAUGAAAAAACUGUGGGAAAUGCCGAUAUUACACAUACACUAAAUGAAGUUAAGGAAGAGGAAGUGAUUUGAUACAUAGUGUUAUUAGUUUUAAUAUAUUGGUGGUACUAGAAAUAUUUGUAUAUAGGUUAUAGAAAUCAGAUCUCAAGGUUUGAUUGAAGAUUUUCGAGAAAUUUUUUUAUUUAUCUUUUGAAAUAAAAGUGUUAUUCUAUUUGUGAGCUUAAUAUUUCAAAUUU